GAAAAAAGCAUUAAAAAAUGAAAGUGGCGGGGUUAGAUUGUAGUGUACUUGUUAGUUUGGUGUCGUGGACAGUGUGUAAGAUAAUGUGAAUUUCACGAGUGCAACAGUCUGCAGUUUGGUGUCUUAAGCGUUAAUGUUUUAUAUUUAGCCCUGAGAGCUAACGGUAAAUUAGUUUGCUGAGGUUAGCUCGCUAAACAGCAAGCUAGGUCAAGUAACGUUUGCUUGGAAGUUGGUCCAUGCUAACGUUUACCCUGCUCGUCAGCUCCAUGAACCACCUGUGUUGUUUUGCCUAAACGUGGUUCCGGAGUUUUUAACGAUAAACUUUAGAGUUCACCUGACGCAAACUAGUGUUAACUUAACCGGCGGCAUGUGCGGCGGCACCGUUGUCUAGUCUCGGUAGUUUAACAGCAUCCUCGUGCCUCCAACUUUGUCGGUGCUGAGCUCGCGGCAGCUGAUUAGCUGGGAUGUGGGGGCUUGGGCGAUUCUCGUCGGUAUGUAUACCAACACCACUUCGUGGAUUUUUUGUUGCCAGUAGGCCCUAUGGAAGUGUUGAACUACAGGUGCCCACAUUCUGCUGCAGAGGAGAGAGCACCAGGAUGAGGAGACUGUAGGCACCCGCCGUAGUAUGGCCGCGUCCCGUUCCUCGCGCGUCACAAGGUCAUCAGUGGGGCUCAAUGGAUUGGAUGAGAACUUUUGUGGUCGAACCCUCAGGAACCGCAGCAUCGCCCAGCCGGAGGAGACUUCGGUGUCUCCAUUACCGAGGGCCCGCUCGCCCAAGAAGAAGCAGGACGCCAAGCAGGAGUCGAAGCAGGACGCCAAGCAGGAGUCGAAGCAGGACGCCAAGCAGGAGUCGAAGCAGGACACCAAACAGGAGAGCAAGCAGGAGUCAAAGCAGGACGCUAAACAUGAUACAAAGCAGGACGCUAAGCAGGACACUCAGCAUGAUGGCCAGCAACAGGCCUCAUUGCAGGGAAAGGAAACUGACUCAAAUGCUUCCACAGCUGAGGUGGAGCAAUGGACCAGCUCCAGGAAGCGGGGUGUGUCCUGUUUAGAAAAAGACAUUACUCCCGAGAAGCCUGAGAACUGUGAUAGAGGGAAAGGGGCGCGGGAUGCCUCUCCUCAAAUCAAAAGGGCCAAGCGGUGCUCCCGCUCCGGAGAGUCUCAGGGACACGAAGAGCACCCUGAGCCUCAGAAACCUGAAAGUCCAGCCUCUGUCCCAGAGCCUAGCAAGGACAACAGUUGUGAAGAAUUUCCCAGUCAAAACUCUGCUAAUACAGCUCCUUCCUCACCUGUGCUGAGUAAAGAGGAAGGUGAGCUGACAGGAGCGAAAGUGGAGGAUGGCAAUGUGGAGUGUGAUGGGGCACCUCAUCCCCCAAAUGCUCACAAAGCUUCUAAUGGACUCCGAGAGAAUAAAGCAGAGGACUCUAGCGCACUCACUGAAGAGUCUAGUACAGAUCCCACCUCUGCCAACAACUGCCCAUCGCUGCUCAAUGGUAGCCAGGCGGGGGCUCCCUCAUCCCCUGACCCUGCUGUGCCUUGUAGAAACUCUGUCCCUGGGCAGAAAGAGGUCUCUGGCUCAGGGGAAUUGCCAGCCUCAUCUGCACCAGCACUUGAGGCUGUUCCAGAGGAUCCUGUCCCUGAGUUGAUAGUGGCCAAGGAGCAGGAGGUAGAGGAGGUGGAAGUUGAUGUGGUGGGUGAGCCUUUGUGUCUGGCCCACGAGGAGCAGGUGACAGAGAGCGAGAGUGAUGCCAAUGGCCGGCCACUAACACCAUUGCAGGAAGCUGCUGCCUCCACCUCCUCCACAACCAACAUGAACAGUAGUCCAAUCAACAACAGCAACUCAGGAGAAACUACACCCCCACUAGCAACCACCCCCUCCCCCACAGAGCCAGGGUGCAACCCCUCAAUAUCCAGCACGCCCCCCUCUUUCACAGAGCUCUAUGAACACAGAUACACCCUACGGACUUCACCCAGGAGGGCUGCCACUGGUGGCAAAGCCACCUCCUCCAAGCCCAGCUCUCCUCCUAGAGACAAUGGUCCCUUGAGGGAAGAGGGGGAGGUGGUGGUUGGGCUGGAGGAGGACUGUCCCAUGGUGGAGGAACCUGUUCCCUCAGACUCUGUAGGCCCCUCCAGUGAGUCCUUGGAUCCUGGAGACAGGCCAGGUGGCGAGGUUGGUGGGUCUUUGGAUGGCAAAGAAGCAGAGAGCAACAAGGAGCUUACACAGACCCAGGCUGCUGAGGAGGAGGAGGAAGAGGAGGAGCCAGACGUUUAUUACUUUGAGUCUGACCACCUGGCUCUUAAACACAAUAAAGAUUAUCAGAGGCUGCUGCAGACCAUCGGAGUUCUCGAGGCCCAGCGCACGCAGGCCAUCCUGGACCUGGAGACAUUGGCACGUCAACAGAGAGAGGCACUAGCCGAUCCCAUUAGCUUUGUUGAACAGCUGCAGAAACGGGUGAAUUUGGGCUUGCCGUGUCCGCAGCGGGUUGUCCAGCUCCCUGACAUUGCGUGGGAACAGUACACCUCAGGCCUUGGUGACUUUGAGAGAGAGUUCUGCGACAAGAAGCGCAAAACCAGGCGGCUAAAGCUGAUCUUCGACAAAGGUUUGCCUCUUCGACCAAAAAGUCCAGUAGAACCCAAGAAAGAGGGCGAAUCCUCCACCAUGUACUCCUCUCUGCCCACUAGUGAUGCUCCAGAGAACGGAAGGCAAGCGCAGAUGAUCAGGGGGAGGAUUUGUCAUCCAAACAAGCCUGACACAUUUAACCAGCUGUGGACUGUGGAGGAACAGAAAAAACUGGAGCAGCUUCUUGUUAAGUUCCCUCCUGAGGAAGUCGAGUCCAGGAGAUGGCAGAAGAUUGCUGAUGAGCUGGGCAAUCGAACAGCAAAACAGGUUGCCAGUAGGGUUCAAAAGUACUUCAUCAAACUGACAAAAGCUGGUAUCCCUGUGCCUGGAAGAACACCCAACCUGUGCAUGUACACUAAAAAGGCAUCCAGUAAGAGGCAGCACCACCUUAACAAGCACCUGUACCGGCCGUCCACCUUCUUGACCUCCUAUGAGCCUCCGGUCUACAUGGAUGAAGAUGAUGAGCGCUCAGCGUAUUACAGCAGCGUGCAGGACCCCUCUGCUGAUGACUCGGACGAGGAGAGUGUACCUGUGGAGUUGAGAAAUUUGCCAGAAUACAAAGAGCUUUUGGAGCUGAAGCGACUGAAAAAACAGAAGCUCCAGGAGAUCCAGGAGGAUAAGGUCGGGGUGCGGCACGUAGGCUACAAGUGUGAUGUCUGUGGCAUGGAGCCAAUCCAGGGAGUGCGGUGGCACUGUCAGGACUGUCCGCAAGACAACUCGGUUGAUUUCUGCUCCAACUGCUCCGACUGUUUGUUCAAGACAGAGACCCACAAGCCUAACCACCACUUGGAACCAGUGUACCAGCCAGAAACCUUUCUGGACAGGGACUACUGCCUGCCGCAAAGCACAGGCUACAACUACCUGGACCCUAACUACUUCCCAGCCAACAGAUGACAGGGUACCAGACGCCCCUAGCUCCAGGCUCUCUCCACAUAUCCCACAGGCCACUCUGUGCAUGGCUCCAUCCUCCAAGUCCAAGAUAACCGCUUAACCCGCCGCCAGGCAGGAAGGCCAGCAGGCAGGCAGACAGCCAGGGGCCUCAGAGCAGACCACAGUGCUGCUGGUGGGGGGCUGUUGGUAAACUGGCCUCCCUGACUCGAGCAGAGGGCGGCCAUGUUGGUUCCUCAGAACAAGGGGGCCCCGCUCCACCUCAGCCAGGUUAAUCAACGGAUCUGUGAUUUGAAACGAUACACUAUUUUUAAAAACAAAAAAAAAAACAAAAAAAAAACGAAGGCACACCGACAUUCCCGAGCUCUGUGACUCCAGGAGGGCGGUUCAUGUUUCCCUCUUCCCGUCAUCGCCCUCCAGUUACCUCCCUGUGCUGCUUCGAAACUGGAGAAUUGACGAUAAGUCUGGUGAAUGGAGAUGUGUGGUCGACGAGUGUGUCAUAGUGGACUGUGAAGUCAUCAACUGAGAUACACACAGGUGGUUUGUAUGUGUGUAUGUGGUCUCCGUGUUAUGCAAGAGUGGAAAAUGUUCUAGCUAGGUAUCAGUAGAUUGAGUAUUUAUGAGUCGCAGCUUCCCCAGCGGGAGUCGGGGGGGCUGCUGUGAGAGAUGUUAGACGGACACCGAGGUCGAGGUCGGUGUGUUUAUGGCUGCAGACUGUAGGAAGUUCUGCUGAUCCACAUGACGUUCUGCAGACAGACCUGUACGUGUUCAACGGAUUGUGCGCCAUGUUUCAACAUGGAGCCGUCACUACCACUGUCACACAACGCUGCUCUCUACCCCCCUCACCUUUCAAACAAACACACACACACAGACACAGACACACACAGAUGCACACUUUCAUCUCUAUUUCCUUUCCCUUUGCUCUCUUCACUAAAACAUGUCUAGCAAGGAAGCACUACAAGCAUGGAGAGCAAAUGUUUUUGAAGGCAGGCGAAUGGGAACGUAUGGGGAAAAAUACAGAAGACUGUUUUUGUUUUUCUUUUCUUUUCUCUUCUCCUCCCCCAAUGUGUGCCGUUGUUGAUCAUGUUGAGUGUACAAGUAUAUGGUGAAAAGUAGCCAGUGCUAGUUGCUGUGUGCCAUUUUUAAAAAGAAAUAUUUUUUUGUUUUUGGGGAAUUCCACCUCUAAACCUGGCCACAACUCCCUUUCUGUGUGGCACCAUCGACCCACAUUAUCCUACAUUAUUGAUCCAGUCAUCAUGCCUCUAGACCUUCUUUAAUUUUGCAGUCCACUUUAAAAAGGUCCAUUUAAAAGAUUGUAUUUUUAUUAAUCUAUUUAAAAAAAAAAAAAAAAGGAAUUGAGGUAGUGGUUGGUGCCUCCACUGUGGAACAACCCACACAAUUUUAUACACAUAGAUUUUGUUGUGCUUGAGUAGACACCAUUUUGUAUGGUUUUCGUCUCCUUCCCUUACCUCCUUUGCCCUGCUUCAAUAUCUGUGUAUAACAGUCUGUUCUUAUGUAAAAAAAACAAAAAAAAAAAAAACAAAACAAAAAAAAAAAUGUAAAAAAAAAAAAAAAAAAAUGCUAGAGGAGAAUCGUGGAAAUAAAAGUAUGUGAAAAUAGUG